CCAAACACCUAUCGUCCAUCGCAAACUAUCAUGUUCUCCCAGUCCUGGCUUCGCGGAGAACCAAUAAACAGUUGGUGUUCGCGCUACCAUCCGGGUGUUCGGCGCAACACUCCACCGAGUCAAUCUGCCCGUUGAAUUUUCCCGGCUGAUGGUCGGCCAUUACCUAGUCGCAAUUCCACCAUUGUGGGCCUCAUGUGCCUUUUUGUACCCCGCAGAAGCGAUUUUAAUCAACAUUUCUAGUGAUCUACUAUUGAUAUGCAUGCAAUUCGCCCAUAUCAAUUUGUUACGUUCUAGGGCUCUUUGCGCAGGUACAAGUACUUUUGAAAGAAGCGAAUCUCCCUGCAUCAUUCAUUCCACCCAUCGUCCAAUAUGAAGGCGGGCAUCUUACUGGGCUCUCUAUUGCCCUUUCUUUCAUCAAUAUCCCCUCAGUGGAGUGUUCAAGUUGACGCCCAGUAUACCUCCCCAACCAAAUGGCCCCUUCAUGACAACAGCUUGAACGAAGUCGUCCAAUGGGAUCACUAUAGCUUCAAGAUCAAUGGUCAACGACUUUUCGUUUUCUCUGGUGAACUACACUAUUGGCGCAUCCCAGUCCCUGAGGUCUGGGAAGAUCUCCUCGAGAAGAUUAAGGCGGCCGGUUUUACAGCAUUCGCGUUCUACGGGCACUGGGGUUAUCACAGCUGGAACAAUCACACAUUGGAUUUCACCAAUGGUGCCCACGAUUUCACCCCACUAUUCGAAAUUGCGAAAAGGAUCGGCCUGUAUAUCAUUGUCAGGCCUGGUCCCUAUGUUAAUGCGGAAUCAAACGCCGGGGGGUUUCCGCUGUGGUUGACAACCGGCGCGUAUGGAGAGCUCCGCAAUGACGAUCCGAGAUAUGCAGCUGCAUGGGACCCUUACUUUUCCAACUAUUCCGCCAUUACCAGCCAACAUCUUGUGACCAAUGGGGGAAAUGUCCUCGUGUACCAAAUUGAGAAUGAGUAUGGUGAGCAGUGGAAAGGAGAUCCUACGAAGAAAAUUUCAAACCAACCAGCUGAAAGAUAUAUGGCCGCGCUUGAGUCUACUGCUCGUGCGAAUGGAGUGGACAUUCCACUGAUUCACAACGACCCAAAUAUGUACUCACGUAGUUGGUCAAAGGAUUUCGCCCCUAAUGCCACUGGAGAUGUUGAUGUUGCUGGCCUGGACAGCUACCCUUCUUGCUGGAGUUGUAAUCUGGAUGAAUGUACUGGAACAAACGGUGAAUAUGUCGCGUAUCAGGUCAUGAACUACUACGAUCACUUCUUUGAAGCCUCUUCGACUCAACCGAACUUCUUCCCGGAGUUCCAGGGCGGUUCGUAUAACCCCUGGGGUGGGCCCGAGGGUGGAUGUCCAGGCGAUAUCGGGGCUGAAUUCUCUAAUCUGUUCUAUCGGAAUCUCAUAUCUCAACGCGUAACGGCUGUGAGCUUGUACAUGAUGUAUGGAGGCACUAAUUGGGGUGCCCUGGCGGCCCCCGUAACCGCAACGAGCUACGAUUACUCUGCUCCUAUUAGCGAGGAUCGAUUCAUUGGAUCUAAAUUCUACGAAACGAAGAAUCUAGCCAUGUUCACCCGUGUUGCGAAGGAUCUGACGGAAACGAUUCGACUCGGUAAUAGCACCAGCUACACAAACAAUGUUGCUGUUAUGGCCAGCGAGCUGCGCAACCCUACUACUAGCUCUGCAUUCUACGUCACCAUUCACUCAUACUCGCCAUCGUCUACUCGAGAGUCUUUCAAGCUCUAUGUUAGCACUUCAAUUGGAAAUCUAACCAUCCCCCAACGAGGUGGGUCAAUUGUCUUGAACGGUCACCAGUCGAAAAUUUUGGUAACCGACUUCGCUCUGGGUCGACAGAUACUCACAUACUCCACUGCUGAAGUUCUUACCUACGUAAUUGUUGAUGGCCAGCCAAUUGUCGUGCUCUGGGCUGGGAAUGGGGAGUCAGUCGAAUUUCACGCCAAAGGUGCCAAACGAGGUUCUGUUGUAACGAAGACCAAUUCGAACGCCACAUUUUACCAAGAUGAUCACGGCAUCAUUGCUAGCCUGUCCCAAAUCGCAGGCAUGACAAUGGUGAGCUUCGACAAUGGCUUGACGGUGGUUGUGGCGGACAAGACCACGGGAUAUCAGUUUUGGGCGCCAAACUUAUCCAAUGACCCCUUUGCUUCAGUGUAUAAAUCAGUCCUUGUGCAAGGGCCGUAUCUCGUCCGCGGUGUAAGCCUCGAAGGCAAGGUUCUGGCAAUCAAAGGUGAUGUCGCGAAUACCACGGCUAUCGAGGUCUUCGCAUCUCAAAGCAUUAACUCAUUAUCAUGGAACGGCAUGAAGCUGCGUACAACUCGAACGGCAUAUGGAACCCUAAAAGCGCAAAUUCCUAGUGUCAGCCAAACAAUCCAUCUACCCAAACUCGGCCCUUGGAAGGUACAUGACACGCUCCCCGAAAGGUCUUUAAACUAUGACGAUGAUGGAAUUGCCUGGGUAGAAGCAAAUCAUCUCACUACACCUAAUCCUACGAAGCCGGAUACAUUGCCGGUGCUCUAUGUUGACGAUUAUGGCUUUCAUAAUAGCUUCCACUUAUUUCGCGGCUACUUCAAUGGUCCCGCAACAGGAGUCAACCUCGCGGUUCAGGGCGGAAUGGCCUUCGGUUGGAGCGCUUGGCUAAAUGGAGAUUUCCUGGGCUCCUACCUCGGGAGCUCCUCCAUCGGAUCUGGAAAUCUAACACUUUCCUUCGGGAACGCCACGGUGCAUGCCAAUGGCACUAAUGUCAUCCUUGUUGCACAAGACAACAUGGGCCAUGACCUCCGCGCGGCAGCGACGCAACCGCGUGGGAUUCUAGGUGCAAGCCUUCGAGGUGGGGCGUCGUUUAGCAAGUGGAAGAUCGCUGGUACUGCCGGGGGAGAUGAUGUCCAGCUCGAUCCGGUGCGAGGCCCACUAGCCGAAGGUGGACUCACCGCGGAAAGACUUGGCUGGCACCUUCCGGGGUUUAGCGACUCCGAAUGGAAUUCCAGCUCUCCUUCGGAAGGGUUCAAGGGCCCAGGCAUUCAAUUUUAUCGUACAGUACUUCCCUUGGAUAUCCCGAAGGGCCUGGAUGUUUCCAUUGCGUUCGUGCUAGGCGCCUUGGGUUCGAAGAAAGUGCGUGCUCAGCUCUUCGUCAACGGGUACCAAUAUGCGCGAUUCAAUCCAUGGGUUGGGAAAGAAACCAGGUUCCCUGUUCCACCGGGAGUCCUGAACUAUGCUGGUGAUAAUACAAUUGGUUUGAGUGUGUGGGCGCAAUCCGAAGAGGGGGCACAAAUCACUGUGAAUUGGGAGACCCAGUAUGUGGUUGGUAGCAGCUGGGAUGCUCGAUUUGAUUCAGAACAUCUGAGGCCAGGGUGGUCAAAAGAGAGGCUGGCAUAUGCAUAA